CAACUAGUUUGCAUUCAAUUAUUAUUGCUAAAUGGUUUGACCACAAUUUUAUUGCCACUAUUACCAUCGUACAAAUAUCUAACCGCAAUCUAUUUGAUUAAUUCAAUGACCAUGGAUAUAUUGAUAAUGUUGACCGACAUAUGGCUAGUAGAGCUAUGGCAACACCGGUGCGCACCCUAUAUACAGGCGCUUAAACUGGCCUACAGUUUGGCACUAAUUUUUUCGCCAAUUUUGGUCAAACCGUUUUUGUCGUCACAAACUAACAUCACUAACAACAACAACAACAACAACACAAUUAUUGAUAGUCAUAACCAUAAAAAUGGUGUCCAACUGUCUAGUAGUAGUAGUAGUACAUCAAAAAUUUUCAUACCCUAUUCAAUAGCCGGCACAUUGAUCCUACUAAGCGUACUAAUACUUACACUACUAUAUUGUUAUAGAAAAUAUGAACCAUCUAGAGUUGCCAGUAUAACAGUGCCGGAUAAUAAUAAUGAUGAUAAUACUAAUGUUUCGUUAAACAAAAAUAUAGUGACCAACUGUUUGAUUAGUUUAAAACGUCAAUUUCUACUAACCUAUAAUACUGUUAAUCGUUCAACUAUACAACUAAUCGUUGCAGUGGCCAUCCUAUUUUCGAUAGCUACCCAAUUGUUUAUAGCACCGGCCAUUUAUUUUCCAACAUUUGCCCAACUAAGCCAUCGGCUACUCAUAGAUAACCGAUCGGCUGCCGUAAUGACCAGCGGACUGUUUAUGACAAUGACCGUCAGUCGACUACUGGCCAUACCUAUUAGCCGUUAUGUGGACCCCCAGAAAAUUAUGCUCAUCUACCUGUCCCUACUGUUGGGUUCAACCGUGAUAUUCAUACAAUUAUCCGGUACUAGUCUCUGGUGGCUGUGGUUGGCAACCAUACUCUAUGGUCUAGGAUUGGGACCGAUUAAUGCCUGUAUCUAUAGCCUACUUGAGCGCCUGAUACCCGUCACGGAUACGAUUGGUGUUAUUAUGUUAUUUUCGGCUAAUAUAUUGGAUAUCACCAAAUAUGUGCUAUCAAUUAUAAUUUAUGUAUGCGUAUUUUUUCAGAACUUACCAUGGUGCAUGUUUGGUGUAGUUAUCAAUGAUCUAGCUGAAAUCUAUAAUACAGAUAUAGCUGGCAUAUCGCGUAUAUUGCAAAUAACAUCAAUUACCAGUCUAUUAGCUAUAUUGAUUAAUAUAGCAUCAAAACAUCUAAACAAACAGCUACUGUAUGCAACCAUAUUGAUCAUCUAUGGCCUAUCAGUGGCACUGUUACCCAGCUUGAACUGGCUAACCCUGAUGGCCAUUGCAAGCAUAUUGAUAUACAUGAUAAAUGUCGGCUCCUAUACAUUGGUUAACGUAUGGAUAGUCGAAAUGUGGGACCUCCGGUGCGGCCCCUAUAUGCAAGUGCUGGCCAUGAUGUACAGUUUGUCAUCAAUAGCUGGACCAUUGAUGGUUAGACCAUUUUUAUCGACUAAAUCAUUGUCGUCGACUACUAGCGGUAUACUAGCAAUUAGUUUCAGAUUUAGUCAAUACAUACCGCGUACCAGUAGUGAUGUUAAAAAUAACCAUAAAAAUUCAGCGGAAAUUAAUACUAAGGGAAAUCCUACAAAAUAUCAACGUUUCACUAGACAACUACACCAUGAUUUAUGUCCAAAUUGGUGGACAUCAUUGGCCCUACUGUUCCUGCUGGGAGUUUACAUGUUAUUUGAUGCCAUAUUUAUGGCGUUGGGAUUUUAUUUGCCAACAUUUGCCCAGUUAUACGGCGGUCCUAGUAUUACACAACAAACAGCUGCACUGAUGACUACUGGCCAAAACCUGGCCAUUGCUGCCGUACAGUUGGCCUGUAUUGGUCUGACCAAACACUGCCGGCCACAAACUGUACUCAUAGUAUCGUUGCUGAUAUUGAUCGGUGCCAAUUUCAUAUACCUGUUCACCAAUAGCUACCCAGGGAUAUGGUUGGCCACUAUACUAGCUGGUAUUGGUUUCGGUCCACUAGUACCGUGUUUGCAUAAUCUACUGGAGCUUAUUAUACCCAUUAACGAUACUAUAGGUGCCAUAUUUACUAUGCUUAUAUGCUUGAACUAUCUGGUAGUACCCUGGGUGCUGGGCACCCAAAUUGCUAGUAAUCCAUUGAUUUUUUGUUAUGUCAAUCUGGAUUUCAAGUGA